AUGGACUCUCAGGACUGCGAGGCGGACGCGGCCCCUGGGCCCCCAGCCUGCGACUUCGUGGCCACCUGGUGGAACAUGGUCCUGCGGAACCUGAGAUCUCUUCCACACUCCUGUUCAACACUCAGAGGAAAAAUUGCUGCUCUGUACAACAGCUUUACUAGUAAACCAUUAAAAGAACACAUUUUCCCUCCUCUGAUGGACAUGCUGAUUUAUUUUAAUUUUUACAAAGCUCCAUUUCUUGUGGAUUUAAAGAAACCAGAGUCAAAGAUUCCUCACACGGUGAACUUCUACAUAAGGGUUGAACCCCGAGUGAUGCUGGGAAUCUGGCACACAGUCCCCAGCUGUCGGGGAGAAGAUGCCAAGGGGAAGGACUGUUGCUGGUAUGAAGCAGCCCUUCACGAUGGGAACCCGAUUAUUGUUUAUCUUCACGGCAGUGCAGAACAUAGGGCAGCCCCUCACAGGCUUGAGCUGGUAAAGGUGCUGAGUGAUGGUGGCUUUCAUGUUCUAUCUGUUGACUAUAGAGGGUUUGGGGACUCAACAGGGAAGCCCACGGAGGAGGGACUGACUGCGGAUGCUAUUUGUGUCUAUGAGUGGACCAAGGCAAGAUGUGGUGCCACUCCCGUGUGUCUCUGGGGCCACUCUCUGGGCACAGGAGUUGCAACAAAUGCUGCAAAAGUGUUAGAAGAGAAAGGAUGCCCAGUUGAUGCCAUUGUCUUGGAAGCUCCUUUUACCAACAUAUGGGAUGCAAGUAUCAACUAUCCCUUGUUAAAGAUUUACCAGAAGCUGCCAGGAUGUGUACAGGUGCUUAUGGAUGCCCUGAGAAAAGACAGGAUAGUCUUCCCCAGUGAUGAAAAUGUUAAAUUCCUGUCUUCUCCCCUGCUCAUCUUACAUGGAGAGGAUGACAGGACUGUGCCUUUGGAGUGUGGAAAAAAGCUCUAUGAAAUUGCACUUGAUGCCUACAGGCACAAAGAGAGGGUCAAGAUGGUUAUCUUUCCUCCUGGUUUCCAUCACAAUUUCCUUUAUAAAAGUCCCAUACUAUUAAAAACCGUGAGAGAUUUCCUGAGUGAGCAGUGGGCAUGAGGUCAUGCGAGCAGUAUCGAUCUUCACUGAAGACUUGGUCCAAAUACUACCUAUAAGGUAUAUUUUCCUUAUGCAACAUUCUACUGGGAUGCUUGAAUGAGCUGAAACCACUGACACUUCCUCAAGACACGUGUCAUCUAAACAAGGAGAAUGUAUGGGUGGCAUGGAAUGUUCUCAUUUAGCUCAUCAUAGUCUACUUUGAAACAUGCCGAAACCUCAUCACUGUGGAGAAUCAGAAUUUGGUAAAAUUUGGAUCUCAUCUAAAAAUGUAUAGUCAUCAGACUGGGGACAUUUGCUAUGGUGGGAACAUCUGCACCUGCCCCCCAAUUCAUAUGUCGAAGGUUAUGAUGUUGGGGGAGGUGACUGGAUCAUGAGAGUUCAGUCAUGAACAGGGUUAGUGUCCUUAUGAAAUAGGCCCAAAGAGCU